AUGCAGACUGCUAAGGUGAAGAUGAAGGACAUGGUGAGCUCGGCCAAGGAGAAGGUGAACGAGGGCACGGCCAAGGCGCAUGGCAAGACGGGCAAGGCCACCGCGACGAGGCACGGUGAGAAGGAGAUGGUCAAGGAAGAGACGCGCGCCAACAAGGCCCAGGCCAAGGCGCAGAAGCACCAGGAGAAGGCCGAGCACCGCGCCGAGGCUGCCACUGCACACCACGGCACGCGCGUGCCCCUCACCGGCCCGCGCGACAACCACACGCCCGUCGCUGCGGAUCCAGCCUACCCGGGCACCGGCGUGUACCCGGCUGCCAACUACAACAAGUAUAUCUAG